AUGUCCAAUAAGAUCAAGGCGGUUUGCGACUGUUGGCGGAAUGUUUUGCAGACAGCGUACGGAAGCGAAGGUUCCUCAUCAGGCCGUAUGGUAAGCCUCACCGCGAUAUGCGCGACCGUCGUCGGAGAGACCAUUCAGGAGGAGGUGCUCCUGAACUCAAAGACGAGCGAGGAGACAUCGAAUCUCAACGAUAAUGACGAGGAAGCCAUGAUCAUCGAAGAAAUGUACGAUAUGGUACCGGCACACUGUCGCAGGUGGACGAUGGUCUCGCAUGCUCUGUCUAUUAUCUUGGACAUAUGCCCUCAUCACCCUGCCCUCCUCAGUGCGCUCUUAGAUAUCUGUCUCUCCUUCGGAGUCGGGCAUCAAUCGGAGCUCGUUCUUCGCACCAUGUUCUCCUCCCUUCUUAAGGACUCGUCGUCUGGUGAGCCAGUUAUUUGUCACCCUACACACAUCUCCUUCCUCUCGGAUCUUCGCGAACGCUGGGUCACAAUCAAUCCAUCCCCUAGUCUAUCAGCAUCUACCUACAUUUCCUCCCUCUCCUCCGUCCUCGGCGACCCUUCUACUGGUCCGUAUGCGUGGACCAGCAAAUCAAUGCGCAGGUAUGCGCGGGAAACACACAAGGGAGACUUCCCCGCCUUCGUACGGCAUCUGGUCACUGGUCUUGUUGAGACGAUUUCAAGACUACACCUUUUGGACAGACCUGUCGGACGUUUGGAGAAGGAUAUGCGCUCUCGCCUGAUGAAGUGGCUCGACUAUAUGUUCGACCGGCUGCAUUCCGCGGAGUCCAAACACGGCGACAACUCGGGCACGUAUAAUGAAGACUACGUGUCCGUGGUGGAGUUCUUAGAGCACGUUAGAUCCUUGCAGCUCCAUGUUCAAGAGCAUAACGACAACGAUCAACAAUUCCCGAACACCAUUGUUUCGCUGACGACAUACUGCCUCGCUUCUGCGCGUUUCUCGACCCUCGUUCCUGAAGAUAAGAGGGGACUGAUAUCUUUACUCCGUGAAUCGCAGAUUAUGCCGACCACAUAUAACGACCUCGUUCUGCUCCUUUUCCCGCUCAAUACAGCGACGCUCUCCUACUCGGAGUUAAGCCUCGAUGCGCAGACUUCACCUUCCCUCAAAAACCGGUCACCUGCGUACAUCAUGCGGUCCCUCAGAUGGCAAGCGAAUAGCUUGGUCAAGCACGGUUUACACCGACUUGCGGCCUCACUCUGGGCCUGCGCUCUACGCCACCUGGAGCGAGAUUGGAAGGUGGAAAUGCUCGGCGGGGUAAUCGUGCAUGCGCGCUUGCGUGCUAUCGAGAGCCUCCGUGACGAGUUGGUACACGAGGUGGAGGAAGCCGAAAAGCAAUGCUUUGGAGCGCGCGAUACUGUGAAGUGCUCGGACGAGGGCACACCUCGUCCCCGGGGUAACGACGAGACGGAAUGGGAGUGGGAAGAGCUAGUCGGCGCCUGGGUCCGCAAGUCCCCGCGUGCAGCGCAGAAGCGCGCGUUGGUUACGCCAGCUAAGGCUACGCUGACACGCUUCGACAAGCGGGAGCUGCCAUCGUUGAGCGCGAAGAAGUCAUGGCGGAGGCGGCAGCUCGUGUUCUCGGCACACACACCGCGGCGACCUUCCGUUCACCCGGCUGAUUUGGAAGAGGAUGUGGGCGUGGAUGCGAAUUGUCUAUCAUUUGGGUCAGAAGCAAGUGACGAAGACGCCGUGUCGUCAGAGGAUGAAGCAGGACACGAUAUAUCCGACAACGACGAGCAGCGGCCGAACAAAAGGCCUUCGGGUGGAGGAGCGCGACGGAACAAGACUACAUGCGAGGUACUGAGCGAACGACCCUCGUACCCGUCGUCUGACGACCUGGAUUGUUUCGCUCCAUCGUCACCCUGUGCCAACAUUAUCCAGGAUGAGCCUCACAAACGUCAAACCCGCCCCCACUUGCGACUUAAUGGCUCCGUAAAGCGACCCCUGGUUGAUCGCGAACAGAACUCUCCUCCGAAGUUCAAGAGGUUCAGGAGAGAGGAUCUGUUGGAGAUGUCUUCGGACGAUGCCCUGGAUAUCAUUGGACGUGGCUCCUCGCCGUGAAACUCAAAAACGAGAAUUGUUCCCGCGUUUCCUAGCUCGAGACCGGCAGUUCGCAAUCUGUGAAGAAUAUAUGGAUGAUCUUUUGUAUUUCAACUUAUCUACCUUAAUCACCAUACAAGGGGUGCCGGUGAUAUGGGUGCCAGCAAGCC